AUGUCAGGAAGCUCACUUGUUACUCGACCUCAUCAUCAUUCAUAUUCAUCCUUUGAUAAGUUAGAGGAUGACCACACUCAUGAUGAUCCUGCAACAUUGGAGACCUACUAUCAUCAACAAUCAUCAACAACAUCCACCAGAAAACGUAAAAUUAUUGUGGCCAUCUCAACACUUUCCAUUUUGUGCAUUACUGGAUUAUUAUUCUUUGGUGCUUUGUUUGUGGUUGGAUGGUUCUGUUUGGGUAAUUAUUUAUUUGAUGUUGCUUUUGAAAUUGCGCCUGAGAAUUGUAAAUAUUUCAGAGAAAAUUCUCCUCAAAAUUUCACACUGUUAUAUGAUUGUCCUCCGUUGACUGAACCAGAGAGUCAAUGGUAUGAGAAAUUGGCUCCUUUCUAUGUUAAUUCAGAAAAGACUGAGAUUGUAAAAUUUAAGAGUCGACCUGUGGAUUGGGUUCAAGGAUUAGGAUAUAAUGUAUUAUCAAUUGAUUUGAGAAAUCAUGGUGAUUCAUCAUUAUUUGAGCCAAUCAAGUUUGUGAGCUUUGGAAAUUUUGAACAUUUGGAUGUUUUAGGAGCUUUUGAUUAUUUAUUGGAAAGAUUUACAUUUCUCAAUGAGACUAAUAAUGUUGGACUCUUUGGUAGCUCAAUGGGAGCUGCCACUUCAGCAAUUGCAUUUGCCAAAGAGAAUCGAAUUAAAAUUGCAUUCCUUGAUUCACCUCCUUGUAACGUCUAUCAGACACUUUUGUUUGGAGCUAAGGCAAUGGUCUCCAGUGAUCCUAUUGCAAGUCUUGGAUUGGAAACUAUCAAGAGCGUCUCACCUCUCAAAGUUUCUCACUUUGGUUUUCCCCCAUUUCACAACGAUCCAAUUGAGCUCUUAAAAAAUGUAAACCUUUCCAAUAAUCGAACAAUUUUCUUCUUGCAAACAGUUGGUGAUUCGAUAGUUCCAAGCUCUAAUCAAGAAGAUUGUCUCAAAGCAACCAUGGAAUCAGUCUCAAAGAAUAAGUACAAUCCAGAGAGUGUCCAAUCCUAUAUGGGCACCAUUGUAUACCCAGAGAGCUUUCAAGAAUCCACCAGAACUCGACACUUUUGUAAUAAUCACAUUGCAUUCCAAUUCAAUAAUCUGAAUAAGUUUAAGGAAUUAUUGGUGACUUUUUACCAUAAGAAUUUGUAA